GGCCACACAAAUCAAGACUUACUCCUGGGACAAUGCACAAGUGAUCCUGGUUGGAAACAAGUGUGACAUGGAAGAUGAAAGAAUUGUUCCUGUGGAGAAAGGGAAACAUCUGGCAGAUCAGCUAGGUUUUGACUAUUUUGAGGCUAGUGCCAAAGAAAACAUCAACGUAAGGCAGGUGUUUGAGCGCCUCGUGGAUAUAAUCUGUGAGAAGAUGUCGGAGAGUAUGGAAUCGGACCCGUCCCGGGGCACUGCUGGAAGGAGCAUGCGCCUCACUGACAGCCCCUCCCCGUCGCAGCAGAACUGCGUGUGCUAG